CCAUAAAAACAAAGCUGCAAUAAACCGCCACCUUUGCUUUCUCUGCUUUCGCUUUCCACUUGUAUAAAUUCAAUUUGAUCACCACCAUCUUCUUCAUCAAUCCAUUUGAUUUUGACCCAGGUUGCUCUCUCUGCUCGGUACAAAACCCAUCACAAAAAAAAAAAAAAAGAAAAAGGAAAAGAAAGAAAGCGCUAGAGAACUCUUGAUCGAGUAAAAUGGCCACUAUUAAGUUGCAGAAACUGCCUAGUAUUCGAGAAAGGGUGGAAGACACUCUUUCUGCGCAUCGUAACGAACUUGUUGCCCUACUCUCCAGAUAUGUGGCACAGGGGAAGGGGAUGUUGCAACCCCAUCACCUGAUCGACGAACUAGAUAACAUCGUCGUUGAUGAAACCGCAUGUAAAAAGCUUAGUGAGGGGCCGUUUAGUGAAGUUCUACGGUCCGCUCAGGAAGCUAUUGUUUUACCACCGUUUGUUGCUAUUGCUGUCCGUCCAAGGCCUGGUGUUUGGGAGUAUGUACGCGUUAACGUAUAUGAACUUAGUGUUGAUCAGUUGUCAAUUUCAGAAUAUCUCCAUCUUAAGGAAGAACUUGUGGAUGGCCGCUCUGAAGACCAUUUAGUUCUUGAGCUCGAUUUUGAACCAUUCAAUGCAACAUUUCCUCGCCCAACCAGAUCUUCUUAUAUUGGUAAUGGAGUUCAAUUUCUUAAUCGUCACCUCUCUUCAAUCAUGUUCCGCAAUAAAGAUUCUUUGGAGCCAUUGCUUGAUUUCCUUCGUGCACAUAAACACAAAGGGCAUGUAUUAAUGUUGAAUGAUAGGAUACAACGCAUAUCCAGGCUUGAAUCUGCUUUGUCCAAGGCAGAGGAUUAUCUUGCCAAGCUCCCACAAGAUACACCUUAUUCUGACUUUGAAUAUGCAUUGCAAGAAUUGGGUUUUGAGAGGGGUUGGGGUGACACCGCAGCAAGGGUUCUGAAUAUGAUGCAUCUUCUUUCUGACAUCCUUCAAGCACCUGAUCCUUCUACUCUGGAAACUUUUCUUGGUAGAGUACCUAUGGUGUUUAACGUUGUCAUUUUGUCUGUUCAUGGAUAUUUUGGUCAAGCAAAUGUCUUGGGCUUGCCUGAUACUGGUGGCCAGAUUGUCUAUAUACUGGAUCAAGUUCGAGCCUUGGAGAAUGAAAUGCUUUUAAGAAUAAAGCAGCAAGGGCUGAAUGUCACUCCCAGAAUUCUUAUUGUGACUCGGUUAAUUCCUGAUGCAAAAGGCACUACAUGCAACCAGAGGUUGGAAAGAGUUAGUGGAACUGAGUAUACAAGCAUUUUACGUGUACCUUUUAGAACUGAGAAAGGAAUUCUCCGCAAAUGGAUCUCGAGGUUUGAUGUUUGGCCUUACCUGGAGACUUUUACAGAGGAUGCGGCAAAUGAAAUUUCUGCCGAGUUGCAGGGUAGACCAGAUCUCAUUAUUGGCAACUAUAGCGAUGGUAAUCUGGUUGCAUCUUUACUAGCUCACAAGCUUGGAGUUACACAGUGCACUAUUGCUCAUGCCUUGGAGAAAACAAAAUAUCCAGAUUCGGACAUAUACUGGAGAAAAUUUGAGGAGAAAUAUCACUUCUCAUGUCAAUUCACUGCUGACCUGCUUGCUAUGAAUCAUUCAGAUUUUAUAAUUACCAGCACAUACCAAGAGAUUGCUGGAACGAAUAAUACAGUUGGUCAGUACGAGAGUCAUACGGCUUUCACUCUUCCUGGCCUGUAUCGUGUUGUUCACGGCAUCGAUGUUUUUGAUCCCAAGUUCAACAUAGUUUCUCCUGGUGCAGAUAUGGCAAUUUACUUUCCCUACUCAGACACAGAAAAAAGGCUGACUUCUUUUCAUGGUUCAAUUGAAAAUCUGUUAUUUGAUCCUGAGCAGAAUGAUGAGCAUAUUGGUACUCUGAAGGACGCAUCAAAGCCCAUUAUUUUCUCCAUGGCAAGGCUGGAUCGGGUUAAAAACAUCACAGGCCUGGUAGAGUGCUAUGCUAAAAAUGCUGAACUACGGGAAUUAGCAAACCUUGUUGUGGUGGCAGGUUACAACGAUGUGAAAAAAUCAAGUGACAGGGAAGAAAUUUCUGAAAUAGAGAAGAUGCACAUGCUUAUGAAAGAAUAUAAUUUGGAUGGCGAAUUCCGUUGGAUAGCUGCCCAAACAAAUAGAGCGCGGAAUGGUGAGCUAUAUCGUUAUAUUGCUGACAAAAGGGGGAUUUUUGUUCAGCCUGCAUUUUAUGAAGCUUUUGGGCUUACUGUUGUGGAGGCGAUGACCUGUGGCCUUCCUACAUUUGCAACUUGCCAUGGUGGUCCUAAGGAGAUCAUUGAAGAUGGGAUAUCUGGGUUCCACAUUGAUCCAUAUCACCCUGAUAAGGACUCUGCAGCAAUGGUAAAUUUCUUUCAGCGAUGCAAGGAAGAUCCAAAGUACUGGGAGAAAAUAUCUAGAGCAGGACUUCAAAGGAUUUAUGAAAGGUAUACCUGGAAAAUAUAUUCAGAAAGGCUGAUGACUUUGGCUGGAGUUUAUGGCUUCUGGAAGUAUGUUUCAAAGCUUGAGAGGCGGGAAACUAGGAGAUAUCUGGAGAUGUUCUACAUUCUCAAGCUCCGUGAAUUGGUAAAAUCUGUUCCUCUGGCUGUUGAUGAUCAACAUUAGAGGGUUGUACUACUAACUAACUAGUGUGAGAUUUAUAUAUGGUUUUGUAUGCCAUGCUCGUUCCGGUGGGUGCUUAUGCGGACGUUGAAUCUUUACCCUCAUUCAACCGGUUUAAAUUUGACGAGUCUUUGGAUGAUGAUGCACUAAAUAAUAGUAGCUUUCAAGAGCUUUUUUGUAUUGUAUGUAUGAUGGCAAGAAAGGUAUUCUGUCAUGGGACAAAUAUGCUGGAUGGGUGGUGGAGGAUGUGAUGUGAUGUGAUGUGAUGAAUUCCUACAUCCCCUAUGUUUGUUUAAGGUUGUGCAGAUAUCUGGUCUCCGUGGCAGCAGUCUUUAAGGGAUCCAUUAUCUAUCAUGGACGACCCGGGUUGCUUCUCAAUAAUAAUAAUGAUGUGAUUUUUAUGUUGUACUU